AUGUCUUUUUCCGGGCCGCAAUUAGAACCCCUGAUUGGGAACCCCUCCAUAUGGCAAUGGAUCUUCGAGGGCGAUGAGCUCCUGUUAGGCCAAUCAACUUCAGCGGAUAAAACACUAUCUCAGACUCACGGAUUUCACGACAGCGCCACGGGAGAAUUCCUCUCAUAUCAUGACUUAAAGCACAUUGCUACCACCGUCUCUACAAUUCUGUAUCAAGAAUAUGAUGCCAGACCUGGGCAAAAGAUUGCCAUCAUUGGGCAGAACUCCAUCUGGUAUCCUGUUGCAAUGCUAGCCGCGAGUCGACUGGGUGCUGUAGUUACUCUGUUACCGCCUGGCUCAAUGAAGGAUGAUCUGAUCUAUUUUCUUGGAACGUCAAAGACUACACUUGUGUUUACUGACACCGGCGCCGCUGAUGAAGUCAAAGCCGCUUGCAAAUCAAUAGGAUUGUCGCCAAGGAAUAUUCUGAGACUAGAUGGGUCUAAGGGUGAGAAGAACAGCUUACAGAAUCUGCGUCAACGAGGGGAGUUACUCUAUCCGUCAUCCUAUACAACACCCUGGGAUCCUAGAUACACCGAGAAAUCUCCCUGUGCAUUUCUUUCCUGGAGCUCUGGCACCACUGGAAAGCCCAAAGCUGUCCAGAUAUCUCACGCCAACGUCAUCAGCCAACUCCGUCAGAUCAACGCACUCACUCCACCCAACCGGCCGCGGACUGUACUGGGUGUUCUGCCCUUUUACCAUAUCACUGGUCUGGUUCAUUUGCUUCAUUUGCCUAUUCUUCUCGAGCAGCAAAUGGUUAUAAUGGCCAAGUUCGAUAUGAAGCAGAUGAUGGAGACUAUUGUGAGAUUCAAAUGCGACGAGCUAUGGCUUGUGCCUCCGCUGUUGAUCCGAUUGUUGAAUGACAAGUCGGCUCAAGGAUACGACUUAUCAUUUGUCAAACAAUUCAACACGGGCGCUGCCCCAUUAGCUGAUCAAGUUAUCGACCAGAUUGCGAGAAGGUUCCCGACUGUUGCCGUCCGACAGGCCUGGGGCAUGACGGAGACGACCUCCUGCUUGACAGUGACUCCGCCGGAUUUGAGCACUUGGAGCAAUGCCUCAAAGGUUGGCAAGUUGGUUCCAGGGACUGAAAUACGUGUGGUAGACCCCGACACAGGGGAGGAUGUGCCAGCUGGAAAUGUUGGAGAGAUAUUGGCCAAAGGGCCUCAAGUCACUAUGGGGUACCUGGAUCGCCCUAAGGAAACAGCAGCAUCGUAUUUAGAAGAUGGAUUCUUCAAGACUGGUGACCUUGGCUCAAUCGACAACGAAGGAUUCAUCACGAUCCACGAUCGGAUCAAAGAGAUGAUCAAGGUACGAGGACAUGCAGUAGCUCCAGCUGAACUCGAAGAUCUACUUCAUGGUCAUCCCAAAGUCAAGGAUGCUGCCAUAAUUGGUAUCUCCGAUGACUACUCUGGUGAGACGCCCAGAGCCUUUGUAGUACUUGCCGACGGGGUCCAUGGUGGGCCAGAGGUUGUGAAGGAGUUACAGGACUUUGUCGCGGAGAGGAAAGCGAAGCAUAAACGUUUGAGUGGAGGUGUUGAGUUUAUGGACCAGAUUCCGAAGAGUCCUUCUGGAAAGAUUCUGCGUCGGGUGUUGAAGGCAUCAUGGAAAGAGAAGAUGGAGUCGCAGAGGGCGAAACUGUAA